UCUCGAUACCAUUCAGAUCGUAGUCCCACAAAAAAAAGUACCAAAUUCAAAACACAAUUUUUUUUACAAAAAGAAAAAAAAAACAGUUCGCAAAUAUUUCCAAUUCCGUACAAAUUUGAGCAACAUGGUGUGGAAUACGCUUUCAUUCUGGGACGGUCAACCAGUCACUUCCCCGGUGUAUCCCCAGAUGGGGGAUGCGUGGAAUCCCAAUACCUCCGGCUACCAGAAUUACCAGCACCCUCAGACCCAUUCGCAUAACAAUUACUAUCAGCGGAUGGGCAUGGGUGACAUUCGCCAGAUGAGCUGUCCCAUGCCGAACUACUGUCCUCAUUUCCGGGAGCCCGGAUUGGACGAUGUGGAUGCCUUCUACGCCUACAACGGCAUGGAUGUGAGUCAGGCCUACGGCGUUGGAUCUCAAGCUGGUCAGGGAGAAGGAUCUGGAGCGCGGGGCGAUUUCUGGUAGUAACCCAACAACCACUAUUUGGCGUAUGCUCUUUCAUUUUCUGUGCGUUUGAUCUAUG